GCUCAGGGCCACCAUGGAGGGCAACUUCACGGGCGGCGAUGUGUACCAGAAGCACUUCCUGCCCAGGGACUACCUGGCCACCUACUACAGCUUCGAGGAUGGCCCCUUGCCUGAGGCGGAGAUGAUCAAGUUUAACCUGGAGUGUCUCCACAAGACCUUUGGCCCAGGGGGUCUCCGGGGGGACACGCUGAUCGACAUUGGCUCAGGCCCCACCAUCUACCAAGUGCUGGCUGCCUGCGAGGCCUUCACGGAUAUCACACUUUCCGACUUCACUGACCGCAACCGGGAGGAGCUGGAGAAGUGGCUGAGGAAGGAGCCAGGGGCUUACGACUGGACCCCUGCUCUAAAAUUUGCCUGCGAGCUGGAAGGGAACAGUGGCCGCUGGCAGGAGAAGGCCGAGAAGCUGCGGGCCACCGUGAAGCGCGUGCUCAAGUGCGAUGCCAACCUGGGCAACCCGCUGGCCCCCGCGGUGCUGCCCCCCGCCGACUGCGUGCUCACCCUGCUGGCCAUGGAGUGCGCCUGCUGCAGCCUGGACGCCUACCGCGCCGCGCUCCGCAACCUCGCCUCGCUGCUCAAGCCCGGCGGCCACCUGGUGACCACAGUCACGCUCAACAUCUCGUCCUACAUGGUGGGGAAGCUCAAGUUCUCCUGCGUGUCCCUGAAGAAGGAGGAGGUGGAGCAGGCGGUGCUGGACGCCGGCUUCGACAUCGAGCGGCUCCUGCACAACCCCCAGAACUACUCCGCCACCACCGCUCCCAACGACGGGAUGUGCUUCAUCGUGGCCCGCAAGAGGUCUGGGCCCUGAGCCAGGAGGGCCAGCACCUGUCCAUGUGCUAGAGAGGGACGGGUAGCAUCUGAAGCCCCUGCUUUCCACACUCACAUCCUUUUCUGAAAAUCUGAGAUCCUAACAUCCUUGCUUUAGAGAUCUAAGUUUCCAAAAUCCUAUGUUCUAGGAUCCUAGGAGUGGGGAAUUCCAUUUUCUAAUACACUAAGUUAUCUGACUCCUAUGGGUGUAGAGUCCUGAGGACAUGGUUUCUGUCUUCACCCAGGAUGUCAAAGACAAGGAAGCCAGUAGAUAGUGGUGUGUUGUAAAUGCUUCAAAAACAGCUCUAAAGAGAGAAAAGCACUGAUUAGUGGUGACUGGCAAUUUCUAUCACGUGAAUAAUCCAAUCAUGGUUGAUUUCAAGCUACCAGUGGUUUAACAACUCAAUCAUAUAACUCCUAAAAAUUUUGCAAUUGGCUCUCAUGAGCUGCUAGGAGGAAACCUGAAUAUACCACUCCUCCCCUUUGCAUAUUCAGUAAAUAAAAAUACAGGAUGCUCAGCUAAUUGAAGAUGAAUAAAAAUAAUACUGUUUUUCUAAGAAUAAGUAUGUCCCCCAAAUUGCAUGGCACAUACUUAUCCUAAAUAUAUUUUGGUUGUUUAUCUGGAGUUCGAGUUUAAUUAAGUGUCUUGAAUGUCAUCUGGCAACCCUGAUGCAGACCUAUUUUUCUGGCUUCAGAGUGAGAAAAGGGGCUGCCCAGGAACCAGGCUGCUCCCAGCACAAAGGUGCCUUUGUGAGUUAGAAAGAAGUCUCACAGAGGUGAGUAAAUGGCAGACAGGUAGGUGUCUUUGGGGUUUAUAAAUGGCCAAAAGAUGCUACAUGUCCCUCUGGAAGGACUCAGAACAAGAGGCUGCUUCUCAGAGGACUAGUUGGAGAAAGAUGUCCUCUCCUUAAGGUUACUUGGUCCCACCCUUGAGCACCUACCUGCUGGUUCCCCCUCCUGCCACCCCCUGCACCUUUUCGUGGGGAAUACGCUACAGAACUGGGUACUACUGUACCCCAUAAGAUCUGGAUUCUGGCCUCAGCCCUGCUCCACUGCUCUGUGGAGCGGGGGAAAUGGGACCUCAUCUAAUGAUCUUCAAGAAAGUUCCGGGAGCAGGAAAUCAUUGAUAUGAAAGUGCUCUGAGAAGUAAAAGGUUUUGCACCAAUUGACAUUAUUUUCCCAAAGAGUCAGAGCUGAAACAGUCUUUCAAAAAUUGAAUUUUAGAUCAACAAAAAUAAUACUUUUUUUUUUUUUUUUAGAAUAAGUAUUUCCCCCAAAUUGCAUGGGACAUUCUUAUCCAACCCCUGCUUUUCACAGUCCAGGAAGCUAACUAAGGUCAGUGGUUGCCCAGAGACACAGCCAGCUGGUAAUAGAGAUGGAACAAGAACAUGGGUCCGUGGUUCAGUGCACCAGAUGUCUGUUGACUUGGAAGCACGGGAGCCCUCUCGCCCUGUCUCUCCUAGCACAGGCUUAUUUUAGCACCUGUCUCCCCAUCCCCCCUAGCAUCCCUCCACUUCACAGCUUACACUCCCUCCAAGCAGCACACAGACCCCAGCUCUUCUCCAGCUGUGGGUUGCCCUCUCUUGACUUGUCUGUUAGUUUUAGACAUGCUUGUGGUGAAACCAUCAACAGGCAGAGGAGGUGGGGCGCUGGCAGACAGUGUCCAGGAAUCGCAAAAACGAGGCCUUGAUAGGAGGUUGUGAGUGCCUAUGAAGUUUCUGCUAACGCAACCAAAGGAGCUGGUUUCUGCAAGGUGGCCAACAGACAGUUACCCAGGAGGGGCAUUGCUAGGGAAAGGAAGCACCACCUGUGCCCUCCUUCCCUGUCAGGACUCCUCAUGGAGAGCCAUCUGGCCUGAGCAUGGCCAAAAGACACAGAGAAUCCAAACACAUGCCUCGCUCCCAGGGCAGCUCAGUGUGCAGAGUGGACUAGCUGCUGUUGGCAAGGUGGAGGGGAAGUAAGCUUCAGAGGCUUUCGGAAGCUGCUAUCAUAUUGCACUGGGCCAGUCUGGAUUGAGUGGCUCUGCUAUGCACCUACCAUGUAUCCACAGCAGAUAAUACUAUGUGCUCUCUACAUGCUUUAAUAAAACAUUUUGUUUCACUUUAA